GGCAUCGUACGGCUCCAUGCCGCAUGGGCUUCUUCCUGCUGCUGGGAGAGACUCCUCUUUCAAGCUCUCAAGGAAGACCAUGGUUGCUGUUGCUUCUUCUCUGGCUGCUGUGAUGGCUCUGGUUGCACUUGUCCUUGUGCGAUCACGAGGAAACACUUCGGAGUUGUUGCAGAAGGCAGUUGCUGUCAAGUAUGUCUCCGCGCCAUCAACUGUUAGAUAUGUUCCAGUCAAGGCACUCGGCCCUAGGAGCGUCAAGGCCAAGGCGCCUGCUGUCAAGUACGUCCCUGUGCAGGAGGUCAGAAACGUCAAGACUGGCAAGAUUGAGUACAUCCCUGUGAGCAUGAUGUCGUUGCCCAAGCGUAAGCUGGUCAAGGCCCAACAGCUGCGCAUUGGCGGAAAGGGAACUCUCCGAGCUGGUUCGGUUCUCGCUGGUGAAGGGGAGGAGGCUGCUGCUGGCGAGGAGGCUGCUGCUGGCGGGGAGGCUGCUGCUGGCGAGGAGGCUGCCGCUGGAGAGGAGGCUGCCGCUGGAGAGGAGGCUGCUGCUGGAGAGGAGGCUGCUGCUGGAGACGCUGCUGCGGAAGGAGAGGAGGGAUCUGCUGAUGAGGCUGGAGCUGAUGAAGUUCCUGCCGCUGUGACCCCCCCAACUCCAGAGGAAAUUGCCAAGGCUUUGCAACGCAUCCAGGAGCGUGAUAUCCAGGAGCAGACCUUCCACGACACCCUUGUUGAUGCUCAGACCGGCCAGCCCGUUCAUGUUCCAGGAGUUGCAGGAUCAGCGCACAAUGGUGUUUCUGGAGUCGGUGGUAUCUUCGGCGUUGGAGGAUUCCUUGGGCCAGACUAUCCUAUCUCUGACUCCGUCAGGUACGAGAACGCAGUCACCUCGGGCCCAGCAUGCACUUGCACCUCUUGCACGGGAAGCCCACCAGUAUGCACGGGCUGCACAUGCCGGUAGAGAGUGAAUUAACUUCGCCGGAUGCGAAAGAGCUCGGAGUGUCGGUCACAUCGGUGGUGUGUAUUGAUGAAGGAUGGAACGAGAUUGUGUGGUGCAACAAGAGACCUUUGGAACCAAACUGUCAAGAGAGGGUCUAGAGUUUGAAACCCACAAAAUGAGGACAAAAAAAUAAAAAUUCUGAAAGAU